UUGCUCUCCAACUCACACACAGCAUCCAGCAUGCAUUCUACAAUGCGAUAUUCAAUUUUCAGCACAUUGGUGGCAGCCGCAGACAUAGCGGCUGCCCAAUCGAAUGCUCCAACAGACGCAUUUAUGCAGAGCUGCGCUGCUUUCGCAAACAACACACAAAUCCCCAACAGCACUUUUUCCACCGCCACCUUCGUCCCGGCGGGGGCAAACCUCACCUUCCCAAACGCAGACCCCAGCUGCACGAGGCCGUCCCAGCUAGUAGCCGCAGCUAUGUGCCGCAUACAAGCCAACAUUACAACAUCGGCCACUUCAGAAGUCAGCUUCGAGGCGUGGCUGCCUCAAAACUGGACGGGGCGCUUUCUCAGUACUGGCAACGGCGGGCUCGGCGGUUGUAUACAGUAUGAAGAUAUGGACUUCGCUAGCUCACUGGGCUUUGCCUCCGUGGCGACCAACAACGGACACGACGGCAUGAGCGGACAGCCUCUCUUCCAGAAUGCUGGAGUUGUCGAAGACUUUGUUUACCGUGCCAUGUUCACUGGCAUCACUGUGGGAAAGCAAGUCUCGCAAAACUUCUACCAAAUGCCGCCCACCAAGAGCUACUAUCUUGGAUGCUCGACAGGUGGACGCCAGGGUAUGAAGAUGGUGCAAGACUUCCCAGACUUGUUUGAUGGCGUGGUCGCCGGGGCUCCCGCGAUGAACUUCAACAACCUCAAUACGUGGAGCGCCCAUUUUCUUCCAGUCACGGGAAGCAACACGAGCGAGACCUUUGUCUCUGAGGCCCUCUGGAAUCUAGUCCACGACGACAUUGUUGCGCAAUGCGAUGAUAAGGAUGGAUUCAAAGACGGCAUCUUGGAAGCACCGGAUCUGUGCCGUUACCAAGCCGACAAGCUCCUAUGCAGCGACACAGUCGUCGCUCCAAACUGCCUGACACAGCCGCAAGUCACAACCGUCAACACCGUCUUCAGCGAUCUCAAAGGGCCAAACGGCACCGUUCUGUAUCCACGCAUGCAGCCCGGCAGCGAAAAAACGGGGGCUUUCCCAGCUUACUACAAUGGCCAGGCCAGCGACAAGUCGGACUGGAUCAAGUUUGUUGUCCAGGCCGAUCCGAACUUCGACCUCACCAAGUUCACGCCAGACUUGUGGGCCAAAGCCGAUUCUUUGAACCCCUUCGACGUCGCUACGUUCAAAGGCGACAUUUCUGCAUUUCAGCAGCGCGGCGGCAAACUGCUGCACUACCACGGCACCAUGGACCCCAUCAUCAGCAGCGACAACUCGCCUAGAUAUUACGAGAUCGUGCGCGCAACCAUGGGGCUAGAACCUGCCCAGUUGGACGACUUCUAUCGGUACUUUCGCAUUUCGGGAAUGGGCCAUUGCAGCGGAGGCCCAGGCGCCCAUUUCAUCGGCAACCAACGCAAGCAAUUGGCCGACCCGAACAAGCCCGAGGAUAACUUGUUGAUGAAUAUGGUGCGCUGGGUUGAAGAGGGCCAGGCGCCUGAGGUCGUCACUGGUGUUGCUUUUGUCAACGAUACGCAGGGCGGAGAAGUGGCUUUCACACGCAAUCACUGCCGCUGGCCGCUCAUGAACAAGUUUAGUGGCUCUGGCGACCCUAACGAUGCUGCAUCGUGGCAGUGUGUGCCUUAUGCAAACACUAUCUAG